AUGAUACAGCAUAAGAAGCCAUUAUGUGACAUCACUGAAGAAGCAGACCUUCGAAAGUUGGUUCCAUCAUACUACCAUGACUACCUCGACGUCUUCUCAAAGAGGGCUUCAGACACCUUGCCACCAUCACGUCCAUGUGACCAUAAGAUCGAGUUGACAAUGGAGAAUACGCUUGGCUAUAGCCCUCUGUAUAAGCAGUCGGCAGAAGAAUUAGAAGCCACAAAGAAAUACAUCAUGGAGAAUCUAGACAAGGGAUUCAUCGAACCAAGCAAUGCACCAUUUGCCUCUCCAAUCCUGAUGGCACGAAAGAAGGAUGGAGGACUCCGAUUCUGCGUUGAUUACAGAAAGCUAAAUGCAAUCACUAAGAGGGACAGAUAUCCAUUGCCGUUAAUUGAUGAAUUGAUGGAACGCCUCAGUCAAGCAAAGAUCUUUACAAAGCUCGAUAUCCGACAGGGCUUCCACCGUAUCCGGAUGCAUCCAGACUCCGAGGACUUGACUACCUUCCGAACACGAUAUGGAUCCUAUAAGUACAAGGUGAUGCCAUUUGGGCUGACUAAUGGACCGGCCACGUUUCAACGAUUCAUCAAUGAGACCUUUCUAGACUAUCUGGACGAUUUCCUUACCGCUUUUAUUGAUGAUCUGUUGAUCUAUAGCAGCAAUGAGCUUGAGCACCAGGAGCACGUCAAGAAGUAUUGCAACGUCUGCGAGAGCUGGACUCCAAGCCAGCAUUGGGAAAUGCGAUUUCACGUCAAAGGACUAAAUACUUGGGCUUUGUCGUUGGCACUAAUGGUAUUGAAGUCGACCCUGACAAGGUGGCAGUAA